GACCCACUCGCAGAUGCGUCUCCUCCACGGUCGCGCCUCGGCCCCUCGUCCCAGCCAUCGGCGUCGCCCGCGCCUUCUCUCCACCGCCACCGGCGACCAACCCACCCCGCCGACCACCAGCGCCGUCGCAUGGAAUCGCCUCCUCCGCGCCCAUCUCGCCCGUUCCCGCGGAGACCUCGCCCUCGCGCUCUACCGCCACAUGCGAGCGGUCUCCCCCGCGCUGCCGAACUCGUACACGCUCCCCCUCGCCCUCCGCGCCGCCGCCGCCGCCGCACCGCGCGUCGCCUCCGCCAUCCACGCCCACGCGCUCCACCUCGGCCUCCACGCGCAGCCCGUCGUCGCCGGCCAGCUCCUCGCCGCCUACUCCAAGCUCGGCCGCGCCGCCGAGGCACGCCACGUGUUCGACGCAAUGCUGCCGUCGGGGAGGAGCACCUUCUGCUGGAACGCGCUCAUCUCCGCCUACUCCAACGCCUGCGACCCCGACGCUGCGAGGCACGCGUUCGCGCCAAUGUGCGCCGCCGCCGCCGGGGCGCGUCCCGACGCCGUGACGUGGACGGCGCUGCUCUCGGCGCACGCGCGGUGCGGGAAGCACCCGGAUGUCCUCGAGCUGUUCGGAGACAUGCAUAGGAGCGGCUGUGAGGGGAACGCCGAGUCCAUGGCCGUGGCGCUCUCGGCGUGCCCUUACACCGGCGACCUUGCAUUGGCCAAAGGGAAGGCGAUACACAACUGCGGCGUCGUGAGGGGUGUCGUCCAUGGCUACCUGUUCGUCACCAACUCAUUGGUGUGCAUGUACGGCAAGCUCGGGGAGAUGGAGGAUGCCAAGAAGGUUUUCGGGGACGCCGCCGAGAAGAACACCGUGACAUGGAACACCAUGAUCACCAGCUACGCCGCGGCUGGGCUGUGCGACGAGGCGUUGGGCGUGCUCGACCAGAUGGAGCGGAUCGGCGGCGCGGUGGCGCCCAAUGUGGUCAGCUGGAGCGCUGUCGUCGGCGGGUUCGCGUCGUCCGGGGACACUGGCCGCGCACUGGAGCUGUUCCGGCGAAUGCAGCGCCGGUGGCUUCCGCCGAACGUGGUGACCAUGGCGACUGUCCUCUCAGCUUGCGCCGAGCUGCUGGCGUUGAGGCUGGGGCGGGAGCUCCAUGCCUACGCCAUGAGAGCCAAGCUGGACAGGCACUCGCUUGUCGAGAACGGGCUCGUCAACAUGUACGCAAAGUGCGGGAAGGUCGCCGGUGCGCGGAAGGUGUUCGACGGCAUGAAGACGAGGGACCUGAUCUCGUGGAACUCGAUGCUGGCCGGCUACGGCAUGCAUGGCCUGUGCGACGAAGCCCUUGCCCUGUUCGCGGACAUGGCCGGAGCUGCGGUCGCUCCCAACGCCGUCACCUUCGUCGCCGUUCUGUCGGCCUGCAGCCACGCGGGGCGUGUGCCGGAGGGCCGCCGCCUGUUCGAUGACAUGGUGAGAGAGCACAACAUCUCCCCAUCAAUGGAGCAUUACACGUGCAUGGUUGACCUCCUCGGCCGCGCCGGCUUGCUCGGGUACGCGUCGGAGCUCAUCGAGACGAUGCCGAUGAGACCUGACCCGUGCGUGUGGGGGGCAUUGCUCAAUUCCUGCAGGAUUCAUGGGGAUGCAGCCAUGGCCGAGGCCACCAUUGCCAGGGUUCUGCGCUCCGAGGCCAACGGCACCGGCCACCACAUGCUGAUCACCAACCUGUACGCCAUGUGCGGGAUGUGGGACAAGUCCAAGAAGGUGAGGGUGAUGACGAGGGAGACCGGCUUGAGGAAGAAUCCGGGGCAGAGCUGGAUCGAAGUGAACAACACGGUGGUCGCCUUCACCUCCGGCGGCACGCCGCCGUCUCUUCCCGGAGCUGAGGAUGUUUUCAGAGCUCUCGAUACUCUAUACGCAGAGAUGACAAUUCAACAUGUAUGAUCUCAAUUGCAAGCAUCUGGGGAGAAGAGAUGCAAUAGCCAUGAUGAGUGUUCGGCUAACAAGGCAAGAGCUAAAGAUCCUGUGGCCUGAAGA